GGUCCCGGGGCUGCCGGCGGCGGCGGGCGCGGAGCACUCGGCGGCGGCGGCGCGGGGUCCGUACCAUGGGCGGCGGCUGCUGGCGGCUGCUGGGCGUCCUGUGCCCGCUGCUCCUGCACCUCGCCGCGAGCCAGGAGCCCGUCAGCAUGGCGGGACAGUGCGACAGCAUCUUCAGGGGCUUCGCGGGCUGCCUCAUCAGCCUGGGGGAGAGCAUGACCCAGCACGUCCGGCAGCAGCAGCAGCAGCAGCAGCAGCAGCAGCAGCAGCAGCAGCAGCAGGAGGCCGGCGAGGAGGCGCAGGAGCUGGAAACCAUCUGCAAGUCCUGGGAUGAGUUCCACACCUGCGCCAGCGCCGUGCUGUCCAGAUGUCCCGUGGAAGCCAGCAGCGUCUGGGAGUCGCUGCGCCAGGAGUCCCGCAAGAUGCAGUUCCAGGGGAACCUGCAGGAGCUGUGCAGCGCCCGGAGCCGCCUGGCCAGCCCCCAGCCCCCCGGCUCGCCCGCCUCCGAGACCAACCAGGCCACGCUGCGGGGCUCGGCCUCCCCCCUGCAGCCCCGUCUGCUGGCCCUGCUGGCCCUGCUGGCCCUGCCGCUGCUCCGGCUCUAGCCCUGCCCGCAGGGUGCCCAGGUGAUGCCGACCCGGUUCCUCCGGCUGCUGGCGCUCCCCGCCACGCCCACCUCCCUCCCGGGCAUCCCUCGCGGGGCACGGUCCUCUCCUGCAGCACUUCAGAUGGAUUUAUAUUUAUAUUAAAAGACACUUUUACAUUUC